AGAGCCCUUGAAACACAAGGGUCUGGAGGCAUGUGCUAUUCAAAACAAUUAUCGCAGUGGCAUCCUCUCGAGAGAGGAGGCGCUACGAAUUCAUGGGACUAAUAACAUGUAAGACCACAUCUCUAAGAUAACGUAGCACUGUGUCUGUAUUAAAAAGCGGUUCUGGACCAAGGAGCAUUGCAGGAUGAAGAGGAAUGUGCUGUCGGUGUGCUAAUGAAAAAUGUCUCUUUCUCUCAGAUUCGGCUUCCCGACACUCCAGGAGGACGUGGAGUACGGUCAGCCUCUCCCCGCAUCUACCACAGGUUGGAGGCUCACUUCCGGCAGUCUGGCAACGUUGACCUGCAGAGCUGACAACAGACUUCUACCACACCAGUCGGGACGCUGCCGGUGUCGCGACCACAGGAGAGCCCGAAAACGAGACUACAUUGCUGACAUCGUACCGAGCACAAGUGGAAGUGGGCACAAUGAGGAAAGCAACGAUGGUCCUUUGCCCACUUCCUCCAAAGUGAUUGGUGCACUGGCACUAGUCUGGUGCUUCCGCACGAAUGCCAAAGGUUGCGGCCUCAGCUGCUCCGACUCCUUAAACAAUGUGGAGAAGUGAGUGUGUAUAGUGGGCAGUGAAAUUGCCCAAGCAGAAGAAAAUGCAGGACUAUUUGAUGCUAAACUGAGCUAGUUUCAUCAAUAAAGUGAGCUUAUAGAUGGGAUGUGCUUUUAUGACAUCUAAUUAUUUAGCAGGCUUACAUCAAAUUAUGCUCUAUAUAGAACUGAUAGGUGUUUUCUUGCGAGUUUGAUAUAGCCGGGUUCGACUGUUAUUGACAUGACAGCGUAAUAACAGCGUAACAAAUGAAUGGACAUGGAAAAAUCGGUUUAAAGGUUGUAACUUGCCACAGUCAAAUACCUAUCUGCUGGAGAAAAUACAACAGCCAGCUAUACGUUGAGUCUGCCAACCAUUGCUUUAACGAAGAACAAGAUGCAUUUUUGAACAUGUUGUGUGUUAAGGACGACGGCAGGUGGGUUUAGUGCGAACUCGGCUAUUACCAGUGCAAUGUUAGUAUUGUUUUAGCGAGGUUGUCUCCCUCAGUUCGCCCUUUCACGUCCUACUAAAAUAUGUUAGGUGUACAUUUAUUGUAUGCCGAAUGUGCUCGACAAUAAUAGCCAGAUGGAGAUUUCUGAUAUUGUGUCAAGCCAUUUAUACCUGCAGUUUAAUUUAUGCACUGUAGAAGUCAUUUAAUGGAAUAAAAUCAGCCUGACUGUACAAAUAAUUAUGGGCUACUCGAAUCACAAAAUUUAGAUAUCUGGGCUUCACGGAAGUACGAAUGUCGUGUUUUCCUACAUUGUCGAUCCCCUUACUUUCUGGACAGACUACAUGUGGCUUACCUUAAUUGCGGUUGCUCACUCGAAGCAAAUGCUUAACUGCGACCUGUUUGCUCGUUCCGUUCAUUUGUCGAGAGCCAACUUUAUGCUGCAACUCUAAAGUUUCGAGUAGCGCUCCAGUAGGGAGGAUGUAUCCUAGCGUGUG